ACUCCUGCGUGGGAAGGUUGUAGGGUGAGUCAGGAUUGGGUUGCAGGUCAGAAGGACGGGUGCGGAGGGAGAAAACACAAUUCUCCAGGACCUGCGCUGGAACCCAGGGUUCCCAGGGAAAAAUGGUGACCCCAGGGGAACAGAGGUCUCCCGUCUCAUCCUAAGAGCUUCUGGAUCCCGUGUGACAUCACCAGUCCCCUCACUGCUGCCACUGCUAGAAGCUCUGAGCUCUGUGCUGGGGGCACCAGGCACUGACACUUGGCUCUUGUUGGGAGAACAGAGAGAGUCUCUCUUGUCCACGGCCUGUGCUCGGCUCCAACUGCUGCAUCUCCCAGAGGCUCUGCCCUGCCCCGGCUGCAUAGAGCCUGCCUGAUCAUAGCUGCAGAAUGGCCUCCAGCCCAGUUGGAGUUCCUAGCCCACAGCCCUCUAGGGCCAAUGGGAACAUCAACCUGGGGCCAUCAGCCAACCCAAAUGCCCGACCCACAGACUUUGAUUUCCUCAAAGUCAUUGGCAAAGGGAACUAUGGGAAGGUCCUACUGGCCAAGCGCAAGUCGGACGGAGCCUUCUACGCAGUGAAGGUGCUACAAAAGAAGUCCAUCUUAAAGAACAAAGAGCAGAGCCACAUCAUGGCAGAGCGCAACGUGCUGCUGAAGAACGUGAGGCACCCCUUCCUCGUGGGCCUGCGCUACUCCUUCCAGACCCCGGAGAAGCUCUACUUUGUGCUUGACUAUGUCAAUGGGGGAGAGCUCUUCUUCCAUCUACAGCGGGAACGCAGGUUCCUGGAGCCCCGGGCCAGGUUCUACACUGCAGAGGUGGCAAGCGCCAUCGGUUACCUUCACUCUCUCAACAUCAUCUACAGAGACCUGAAGCCAGAAAACAUUCUCUUGGACUGCCAGGGUCACGUGGUACUGACCGAUUUCGGCCUUUGCAAGGAAUGUGUAGAGCCUGAGGAGACCACGUCCACCUUCUGCGGCACCCCUGAGUACUUGGCUCCGGAAGUGCUUCGUAAAGAGCCUUACGAUCGAGCAGUGGACUGGUGGUGCUUAGGGGCAGUCCUCUAUGAGAUGCUACAUGGCCUGCCCCCCUUCUUCAACACAGAUGUGGCCCAGAUGUAUGAGAACAUUUUACAUCAGCCGCUACAGAUCCCUGGAGGCCGGACAGUGGCUGCCUGUGACCUCCUGCAAGGUCUUCUGCACAAGGACCAGAGGCAGCGGCUGGGCUCCAAGGAAGACUUUCUGGACAUAAAGAACCACGUGUUCUUCAGUCCCAUAAACUGGGAUGAUCUGUACCACAAGAGGCUGACUCCACCCUUCAACCCAAAUGUGGAAGGACCCGCUGACUUGAAACACUUUGACCCAGAGUUCACCCAGGAAGCUGUGUCCAAGUCUAUUGGCUGCACCCCUGACACCAUGGCCAGCAGUUCUGGGGCUUCAAGUGCAUUCCUUGGAUUUUCCUAUGCACAGGAUGAUGACAUUUUGGACUCAUGAGAGACAUACACUUGGAAAGCCACCAAGCCCACCCGGCACCUGUGGGCAUUACCUUUUACUGCACUAAGUCACAAUGAGUCCCGAAGAAGUAAGACACAGUGGCUCAGAGAAGAGGGGAAUGUUUUCCAUCACGUGAAAGAACAGUUCAAGGCUCAGAUUGGCUGAAUAGGCUCCCAAGUACCCAGCAGUCAGUCGUUCCGACUUGCCCUUCUUGAGGAAUGACUUCUGUGCUUGGUUUUUUGUUUUUGUUUUGUUUGUUGUUGCUGAGGCAGUGACAAAAUAUGCAAGAAAAGUAAAGAACAUCUAUUUGGGCUCACAAUUUUAGAAGGUAAAGCCCAUAGUUGGCUCAUCUAUUGCUACAGUCUUCGGCCAAAGCUGAGUCAUCUCGCUGGAAGGGGUGGCUUAGUUAUAACUACCAGGAAGCAGAAACAGAAGUCUGGGCUGGGAAUAAGAUACCUUCACAUAAGAUACUCCCAGUAACCUACUCCCUUCCAGCCUGGGGUGGGGGAGGCCCCACUUCCGAUUUAUCACCUCUCCAUGCUAUCAAAUUACAAAUCUAUGAAUGGACUACAUUGCUGAAGAAGCCUGAGCCCCUCCCUCGUUGGAUAGUGAUCCAAUCAUUUACUGAAGGCUCCAUCAGCUGAAUACAGGAACCUUCAGAAGAGUUUAGAACCGUGGUAGCUUUUGACAUUGAGUUAUGAGAUCACAAAGUGGUUACUGGCCACUUUUGUGUGCUAAGCAAGAGAAAGGGAGGAAUGGGACAGAAGUGGGUUGCCCAGAAGCCCUGUCUGGUGACUUCCUUUAGUGUGUCAUAAAUCCUCCAGCUCUACUGGAAUGGAGCCUGGGCACAAGCUACCUCUUAGUAAAAGGGUUGAAAUGCUGAGAGAAAGGGGAGAAUGUAGGUGACCAGCACUCUGGGAGAGGACCUCUUGGUAUCUGAAUUUUUAUUUCAGUGUAUAAAUUGAUGAAAUGUAGUAAGCCUGUCAUGUGUUGUCUUUGGUUUGAUUGCUCUAAGUGGAUGGAGUCUAUGUUUCGAGUCGUAUUAAAUGCACUGGAUAUUAUUUGUUA